CAGCACUGGCUCGAUUCGUCUCUGCCGUUGUGCCUUCCGUGGUUGGUUUGGGGUUCGGUCGGUGUACCGCAAAAGAGGGAAACAGUUGCAUUGUGACGGCCGGGCGGUUGAGCGUUUUCUUUCGAGGGGGUAAAAAAACCCGAACGUAAAUUUUGCCGUUGUUUUGUUUGCUUCUGUUGCUUUCGUGGACGACACGGCAGCGAAUGUGUGUGUGUGCGUAGGUGUCAAAUGAUAACGCCAAGUGAUAAGCUCAACAACACCAUCGCACCCUGCACCAAUCCACCCAUACGCACCGGAACCGCUGGAAGAAAAACGAAAUUAAAUUAGCAAGACGAAAACGACGAACCCCCCCCCCCCUCCCCGCACACGAUCCGAUACCAGCUGGAACACGGAUACGAAACACGCGAAAAAACAUUAAAAAGACACUCCACAUCAACACGCAGAGCGAUCUGUGAAACAGAAAGACUGACAACGAAAAGACACAUCGAGGAGGUAUCAGGAUAAAGCGAUUCUUUUCCCUUUUUUUCCCCCGAAUGAACGACACCUAGCGCAAACUUCUUAUGAUUGGUUGUAUGCACGACGGGAACGACGCGGCGUGUCCUACAUGCGGCACCUACUUACAUCCUCAUAAAUCAGUAGAAUCGGACUCCGACGACGAAUCUACCACAAUGGAUGACAGUAACACCUCGUUUCCCGGGCCAUCCGCGCGCCCCUAUCCCACCCCGAACCCGCCCGCACCGUACUCGUCCGAUCGGCCACCGUCCGCCAGCCAGGGAGGUAGCAUCGUGGAGGAGAAUGCGGUACUGCUCGAGGAAAAUCGGAAGCUAACGCGUAGUUUGCUGGAACUGCAAGUGGAAACGGAACGGCUAAAGCAGCAGCAGAAUCUCCUGUCCGGGUUGGGCCGGCGUCGGGACAGCCUGAGCGGGCUAAGCUCCACCAGCCAACCGAUCGGCAGCAUGGGCCAAAACAGUCCCGCACCAUCGUACCGGUCGACGGGCAACUACACCUCCGGCAUCGUAGCGGACGUGGUACGCGAGAUACGGGACAUUUGUCGCGUGCGGGAAGAUGCCACGUUCGAGCGGUUGCGCAAUCUGCAGGAAAAUCACAUGUGGUCGAUCAACGAUACGCUGCAGCGGUUGGCGAAGGAUGUGGACGCGAUGCAGAAGUCGGUCAGCGCGGCACGGAUCGAUCUGGAAAAGCUGACCGGGCGUGUGCUGCAGCUGGAGAGCAUCGUGCUACCGCAGGCAGCAGUUUGUCUUGCCGGUGCGCAACAUAAUCACACGCUGCCAAUGUCCCCGAUGCCACUGUUCGGUGGGAAUGUACAGCAGGCCCUGUUACUUCAGCAGUUACAGCACCAGCAAUCGAACUCCACCCAACAGCAACAGCAGCAACAGCAGCAACAACAUUCCCCACAAACGGUACCACCUUCCCAGCAACAGUUUCAUGCGUACGGUGUGACCGAUCGGUCACCGCCGAACAGUGGCGGUUGUGCCACCGGCAACAGCACCGGCAACGGUGUCAAGUCGGGCAGCAGCCUUCCGUCGAUGCUGCGGCUUAACUACGGACGUACCGAGGAACUGUUCGGUUGUGAUGGGGUAGCGGUCGAGCUGGGUAAUGGUAAUUCGAGCGGCUCGAGCACGACCGCCUCCGUCCAUGAGGCUUCCUCCCGCGUGCUGAUGCUGGAAAAGGGCGAGGUGGAGCUGAGACGCGAUCUGCAGGAUGCGAUAGCGGCCAAGAACGAACAGUCCAAAAGGAUUGCCUACCUACAAAAAGUUGUAAUGGCGUUGCAGCAGAAGGUUGACUCGCAGUCGACGGACGCACCGAAUGCGGGUGCCGGUAGCAGCAACAACAUCAGCGGCAUUGGCGUGAUCGGCCCGGUGACCGAUCUGUAAAUACUGUGCCAUAUACACACACAUACAUUUUACAUUCUUUCCUCCCCCCCCCCCCCCAUUUACCGGCCCCUCCUCUUCCGAUCCCUUCCCUAUUUAUAAUCACAUUGCGUAGGUUAACACGUCGUACUACAAAAUCGUACCAACACACGGGGUCAGGGCUAUGAAAGCGGAAAAAAAGAGAGCUGGAAGGGAGUUCUAUUCGGGUCCACGCACCCAGAUAGAAGCAAAUCGAUCGAAUGGGGCAGAAAGAUUCCACCAAUAAGUUAACUUACGGGUAAAAUGCCUUACAAGUGUUCGGAAGCGCAACCGUUGCAACCGGUACUUAACCUAGAAAAGACAGGUUCAGAAACUAAAUGAAAGAAUGGGUGUGUGUGUGUUUUUUACCACAAAAACAAAACCAGAGAAGUAACAUCGAGCUGGAGGACUGUAAUUUAUGUAAGAGCAUUAGGAUUCGUUGUCAACAGUUUGACACGCUGACGUGGAGGCUACUCAGAGAGUAUCGAGAGGUUGCAGAAAUUAUCUAUUUACUAUUUUUUUCUCUUUCCUGGUUUGUUAAAAGUCCUCCGAAAAAAACUACUUUCACUCAUCAACGAUCCACAACCUCAGCUCAGGAUAUGCAUCUGUAGGUGAAAGGGUAGAAAAACGUUUCCGGAAACGAAAAUGCUCCUAAUGGCAAGUACAGCUAAUUAUCCAAUCGAACCGUAUAAAGGCGUUCCUCAUUAGAGUAGUACGGAUGCUGUCCAGAACAAGAGCUAUUGGUUCGUUUUACAACUUAGCAACACACACAUCGAUUGACCAUUAUUGGAUAUGAUUUUGGAAGCAACUCGAUACAAACAAAAAAAAUCCUCCCAAACAGUACGAGAUAUUCGUGUAGAAACACCACGAGUUUUUUUUCCUGAACACACUAUUUUAACAACCUAAACCUAGACGCCAGAAAUGUUUGCAAAACCAGCGGUGGCCUUAAAAAGCGAAAAAAGCAACAGUUACACAACAUCGGAGAGGUGUGGAAAAGCGAUCGAAAGAAUGGUAUAAGUUACCGCGAGCAGUAAGAAUAAGUGGGAAUCCUGGGAAAUCCUCCCAGGACGAACCCAAGCGUAGCGAGAUUAUUUCGUAACGUAGCAACUUAGUGAUGAGCGGAAGUGUUAAUAUGCGGAUCAACAUGUUACUGACUUUUACACAACACCCGAUCCAUACCAAUAUAUGAUAGAUAGCGUUUAGUGAGAAGAGAGUUCGAAUAAACUAUUUAUGAUUGCAGAUGUUCAUGAAA